AUGAGCGGCCGCAAUUCUACUGAUGCUGACGAUGUUUUGGAAUUUCUAGACUCUCUCCCUGAACGGAACAAAGGAAACUCUAAAGACGCUAAGACAGAUGCCAGUAACGACUCGAAAAACGACACAGGCAUUCUCGACUUCCUGGACGAGCUCGAACAAAGCAAUCUAAGUUUGAAAAAGGAGCGAAAGGGCAAAAAACAAGAGCCAGUUGGGACUCCCAAAGAGUCGAGCGACAGGGAGGUUCCCAGUGCUGAAAACACCACGAAGGUCACGAGCGACGACGGUGCCAACCAGGCCGAAGCCAGCGCCGUUCCCACACCAGAGGGAAGGCCAUCGACUCAGGAGGAGGUGGGGGAAGAAUCAGAACCUGUCAAUGACCCCAUAACCUCAUUCUCCAACUGGUGGUCAUCAUCGGGCUCUGCAACAGUCAACAGUUUUCUAAGCAAGACUGCCGAGCAGGCCACGCAGAUCAAAGAUCGUUUGGCCCACGAACAGCAGGGAAUUGCAUCCAAGCUACAGACCACGUCGCUUGCAUCCAAGCUCAACUCUGCAACUAUCUCAACCCUAGCCAAAAAUCUCAGCCGGAUUGUAGUGGGAGAAACCGACGAGGUACUCAGAGUCCACCUGGUUCACGACUUGGUCAACUAUCCGCUGUUGUCCUACCACGUUGAGCAACAGUUCGACUCCGUGCUUCGGUCCCAGGUUCAGGGUGGUGUGCGCAUUUUUGUCGACGAAUGGGACCGUCCUACGGAGGAAGACGAUGCUGCCCAGGAUGGUAAGCGACACCUCAACAUGUUUACGGGCAAACUCGCUGACGGUGAAAAGUUGGCCUUUGCAAACUUGACCAACGCGGUCAAACUUUUCACUAAAGCCAAAGAAGAACUGGCUAAACAGCGUUCUGAAAUCAAGGAGGCAGAGGAGGCUGCGACCGCCGACCAGAAUAUUUCAGACGUUUUUAUUUCGAUCCUGCCCAUAGCAAUUCCAGAGAAAUCGAAGGGCCCGGAGAUCUUCUCCACUGACGCAACGCAUCCUGGGAACUUUGCCUUCACCAUUGUCCUCAAGGAUAUCAGCAAUGACUUCACUUCUAUCACCAGAUCCCAGGGUUUCCCGCAAAGGUGGGCUGAAUGGCUGGAAGGCACGUCUGAAUUGCGUAACAGACAGACCGCAAUUAAAGAGAGAGAGUCCAAAAAAGAUGCUAGCGAGCGUACAGAGGCUACAGAGGCUGCCGAAGAGAUCGACGCCAGCGAAUGGGUGAAGGAAUGGGUCGAGGACGGGCUAAGCUUGGCCUUUGGAGUCGUGGCUCAAAAUUACGUGAUAGAUCGAAUGGGCUUUUAA